ACAUUUUCGCAUUUGAGUUGAGAAAUUCCACGAGAAAAGACGCCCUAGAAAAAAACUGCGCUCUUGACAAUUUGUGUGAAAAUAAUGAUUUUUCAUGGUGAAAAGUGGAUGGUUUAACUGGAAAAGUGCAAACUGUGAGUGACUCUGCCUGCGGGGAGUGUUGUUUGGUGUUGCAAAAAGGCAAAAAGGACUGAAAAUAAAUAGAGAGAAAGGCGGCAGUGCAAUGACUUUCCCAAAACUUCUACGACCAAGGCUGACGUCUCUGGGGCUCCUGUGUCUGCUCUCCAUCUGCUUAUGUCUCCAGUUGGACACUACUGCAGCUCAGGUGACUACCCAGGAGAGUAACAACGCAACGGAGGGACAAUGCGUUUGGUAUGGUGUGUGCUUUGUGGAUCCAUUGACACAACAUAAAAAAUACUGCCCGUACAAUGGUGCACCGAAGAAGUUGGAUACAAAGGGUCAGGAAGCUCUGGCCAAAUGGUGUGGGCAUCUCCUUCAGGAUGAAGGAACCUCAACGUGCUGUGAUGUAGAAAUGAUUGAUACGUUAAAUAAGAAUGUGGAAUUGGCUGCCAAUUUCUUAAAGCGAUGUCCGUCCUGUAUGACAAAUCUCGUAAAACAUAUGUGUGAUUUUACAUGCAGCAGAACUCAAUCUGAAUUCAUUAAUGUGAUCAGCACGGAAAAAGGGGACAAAGGGGAGUACAUCACAGAAGUUGAUCUUCAUAUAACUGAACAAUAUAUGAAUGGCACCUUCAGUUCCUGUUCACAAGUGUCUGUCCCAUCAACGGGUCAAUUGGCCCUGGAUUUGAUGUGUGGCGAGUAUGGGGCAAGUCGCUGUAGUGCAAAGAAGUGGUUUCACUACAUGGGCGACGAAGAGGGGAAUACGUAUGUUCCCUUCCAGAUAAACUACAUCGGGCAGGCGGACAAUCGAACCGUGAAUGGGUUCACGCCACUCGAUCCCGAAGUUGUGCCAUGCUAUCGGGGUUUGAAUGCCAAAACACCGGCAUGUGCGUGCGCCGACUGCGAGGAUUCGUGCCCCAAACCACCGCCCGUCCCACCAAAACCCGAACCCCUAAAUGUCCUCGGACUCGACGCCUACGCCCUGGUCAUGCUGAUUGUCUUUAUCCUCGGUACGGGACUCUUUCUCAUCGGUGUCUGCCUCUUCCCAUCGCGUCCAGAGGGUGUGGUGUUGCGUGGUGAAGGCAGUACUAGUGAUCUGCGUUCUAGUAUUGGACGUCGUUUGGCUGGUGGACACUCAAGUGGAGAAUUGGCGACUGAUCGUGAAGAUUCUCCUCUCCAAUCUAAAAGAUCGAGUGGUACGUGGGACAAUGAUCAAGAACUUCGUGUCCAUCCGGCCACGGUGACAACAUUUGGGGAUGAAGAAUCGGGAUAUUUUGAGAAAUUGGGCGCAAAAACGGAGAACUUUUUGGAAAUGUUCUUCACAAAAUGGGGCCACUUUUGCGCCUCAUACCCAUGGCUUAUUCUCUUCCUUGGCUUUUGCUUUGUCGUUGCCAUGGGGCAUGGUAUCAAGAUGCUCAUCAUUACGACGGAUCCCGUGGAGUUGUGGGCAUCCCCCACGUCGCGUUCGCGCGUUGAACGCGAAUACUAUGACAAGGAAUUCGAACCAUUCUACCGGAUAGAACAAGUAAUCAUCAAUGCAGCAAAUCUCCCAAGUAUUGUUCACAACACAUCAAAUGGACCAAUUGAAUUUGGUCCGGCAUUCAAUAAGCAAUUCCUGCUGGAUGUGUUUGAGUUGCAGGAAUCAAUAAAGCAAAUUGGACAGGAUGGUGGUGGGGUGACAAUUGAGAAAAUUUGCUUUGCACCACUCACUUCGGAAUUCCGAGGACCUGUUGUGGCGUCUGAUUGUGUCGUACAAUCACUCUGGGGUUAUUUUCAAGAUGAUAUGGAUACAUUUGAGAGUACUGAGGAUGACAAUGGGUAUGAGAUAAAUUAUUUGGAUCAUUUGGCAAAGUGCUUUGGGAAUCCAUACAAUCCGGAAUGUUUGGCCCCAUAUGGGGGUCCUGUGGAUCCGGCUGUGGCUCUUGGGGGAUUCCUCAAGGAGGGAGAAGUACUCUCGGGGCAGCCACAUUAUGAACGUGCCAAUACGGUGAUCUUGACGUUCUUGGUGAAUAAUUAUCACAAUCGUUCGCGUCUGGCCCCGGCGCUGGAGUGGGAGGAAUCGUAUGUGAAGUUCAUGCAGGAUUGGGUGCGUGGGAAUAAGACAAAUAUGAAUAUUGCCUUCACAUCUGAACGAAGUAUUCAGGAUGAAUUGAAGAGGGAAUCUCAGAGUGAUGUCUCCACGAUUCUUGUGUCCUACAUCAUUAUGUUUGCCUACAUUGCAAUCUCCUUGGGGCAUGUGGAGGAGUUCAGUAGGAUUCUCAUUGAUAGUAAGAUCACGCUGGGGCUGGGAGGUGUUGUCAUCGUCCUGGCUUCAGUUGUAUCCUCCGUGGGGCUCUUUGGCUUCAUUGGGGUCCCUGCAACGCUCAUCAUUGUCGAAGUUAUUCCCUUCCUCGUUCUCGCCGUGGGAGUGGACAAUAUCUUCAUUAUGGUGCAAACGCAUCAGCGUGAACCGAAAAAGCCCACCGAGACACAUGCUGAGCACAUUGGAAGGAUCCUUGGCAAGGUUGGCCCAUCAAUUUUGCUCACAUCAGUCAGUGAGAGUUGCUGCUUCUUCCUCGGUGGACUCUCCGACAUGCCCGCUGUUCGGGCAUUUGCUCUCUACGCUGGUAUGGCACUCCUCAUUGAUUUCCUCCUGCAAGUUACGUGUUUCGUGAGUCUCCUUUCACUGGAUGCCGUGCGGCAGGCGGAGAAUCGUUUUGACAUCUUCUGCUUUGCGCGUGGAAAGAAAACGGAUGCCCCAGCCAAUGUUGAGGGGGUCCUGUACAAGUUCUUCAAAGUUCUCUACGUGCCUUUCAUAAUGCAACGCAAAGUUCGCAUUGGUGUAAUGAUCGUCUUCUUUGCAUGGCUCUGUGCGAGUAUCUCCGUAGCGCCACACAUUGAUGUUGGACUCGAUCAGGAGCUAUCAAUGCCUGAGGAUAGCUUCGUCCUCAAUUACUUUAGAUUCCUCCGGGAAUACAUUAGCAUUGGACCACCGGUUUACUUUGUCCUCAAGUCCGGGCUGAAUUUCUCGAGUACACCGCAUCAGAAUUUAAUUUGUGGCGGACAAUUUUGCAAUAUUGACAGCAUGUCAACGCAAAUCUACAUUGCCAGCAAGACUCCGGAUACAUCCUACAUCGCCAGGCCGGCAUCAAGUUGGAUUGAUGACUACUUUGACUGGUCUGCAUCACCGUCAUGCUGUAAAUUCUACCCAAACAAUGGCAGCUUCUGCCCACAUUCAUCCUAUGGGUGUGAUUCGUGCAAGAUUGUUCUUGAUCCGGAGAUGGGUCGCCCCAAUGCAACAGGUUUCAGUAAAUACCUGCCAUUCUUCCUGCAAGACAAUCCCGAUGAUGUGUGCGCCAAAGCAGGACAUGCAGCGUAUGGGCAUGCUGUGAAUUAUGCCUACAGUCGUCGCUGGAAGCAAACCCAGGUGGGCUCCUCAUACUUCAUGGGCUACCACACAAUCCUGAAGACUUCCUCCGACUACUACGAAGCCAUGCGUUCAGCCAGGAAGAUUUCACACAACAUCACGGCAACAAUUCACGCAAAACUUCGGCUGCAGGGGAAAGAUGAGACGUUCAUCUCGCAAAUUGAGGUGUUCCCCUAUUCGGUGUUCUACGUCUUCUACGAGCAGUACCUGACCAUGUGGCCGGACACGCUGAAGAGUAUGGGUAUCUCCGUGCUGGCCAUCUUCAUUGUAACAUUCCUCCUGAUGGGCUUCGACAUUCACUCCUCCCUCAUUGUGGUCAUCACCAUCACGAUGAUUGUCAUUAAUCUCGGUGGCCUUAUGUACAUGUGGAACAUCUCCCUCAAUGCUGUCUCCCUUGUGAAUCUCGUAAUGGCCGUUGGGAUUGCCGUGGAGUUCUGCUCGCAUCUCGUGCACUGCUUCAGUGUCUCAAUGGAGCAAACGCGCGAACGGAGAUCCGCUGAUGCCCUCACGAAAUUGGGCAGUUCCGUCUUUUCCGGCAUUACACUCACCAAAUUCGCCGGGAUUCUCGUGCUGGCCUUUGCCAAGAGUCAAAUCUUCCAGGUCUUCUACUUCCGAAUGUACCUGGGUAUUGUGCUCUUUGGUGCCGCACACGGACUCAUCUUCCUGCCAGUCCUUCUCAGCUAUGUCGGAGCGCCCAUCAAUAAAGUGAAAUUGGCAGACUACAAGCGGCGAGUCUAUCAAAUCCAGGAGACAUCACUCUCAACCGCGUGAUGUAUAGCAAACGACGUCCCGACGUCACCAACUUCUCAAACACAACGUCCACCACCCCAAGUCACGGUACACCGACGCAUUCUGUCUCACCUCUGCUGUCAUCGCAUCCCACCUACGGAUCUGUGAAUUCCAUCGACGACGUUCAACCCAUUCCGGGCACAAGUGGUAUUGCCACUGUGUCCGGCAGGGCUGUUGAUGAUGGUGUCUACAAGCCCAUUGAUAUCUCGUGAACUUUCACCCCCACAAAUGGGACGCAUGGCAAAAAGAAUCUGAUUUAACUAAGCGAGAGAGGAAGCUAAGUACAGAACCACCUCUAAAUAUAUUUUCCUUAUUUAUCUACUAUAUUAAAAAAAAAUGAAAAAGAAAUAAAUAAAUUAAAUGGCCAAUAGUUGGUAAAGGCUAUACCAUCCCAACCGCGGCCAUACGAAAACAUAACCAUGAAGACAUAGAGGAGAACACAAACCAGUAUUUUUUUUGUAUAUGUUGUAUUCAUAUAAAACAUUUUUGGGAAAACACUAAAAUAAAUUAAAUUUUAAAAAAAGGGGAAAGAAUUAUAAAUAAUCACCAAAAUAUAUUUGUAUGUAAUGUAAAAAAAAAACAAAGCUGAAAAAUAUUUAGUGAAAAAUUUCAAAUGGGAAUUUUACGGUUAAUCGAAAACACGAAGUAAGGUUAGCUUGAUGGCAUAAAAUUGGUGCAUAACCUUAAAAAAUAAUUUCUCUUUCGAUUUAGGUUUCUUUGCGGUUUUGGCUACUCUUUGUAGAUUUGAUUUUUCAUUUAUUUCUGUUUUAAACCUGAAAAUUAAUAGUUAUAAUUAUCAAAAAAUGGUAAAACAUGAAGUUUUUUCGGAAAAGUGAGGUUAUAUUUUAACCUCAAUAUUUUUCCAAAUGAGACCGCAAGGAACAAGGCUAGAACUGAUAGAGGACUAUUGGGACCAAUAGAACAAAAAAAAAUUAACGAAAAUUCCAUUCAAACCUUAAUUUUGAUUCCCUUUUUUUUAAAAAUUUCUUUUUUAAACAAAAUUCUCCUCCAUCUUUUUAUCAUUUUCAUUUUUAAGGUUAUGUACGAAAGGGCUUAAAGUUAACCACGCUGUGUGUUAAAUUAAACACGCGCUAAAGUCUGCGAAAAUUUCCCCCAAAAAAGCACUCACUUUCUAAAGAAAAAAAGAAAAUAAACUUAACUAAUAAAAUAGCAAAAGAAUGAAUAUUUUUCCUAAAUAGUUUGUAGAAAAUUAAACUGCUGUUGUAAAAAUUUAAAAAAAAAAUGAAAAAGAUCAAUGUAAUCAAAAGUCAAGAAAAAUGCCUAUUAUAGAAACUUUUUCUUCUUCUUUUAUAUUGAGAAAAUGAAACUUUUUUAAAAAAUGUUUAUGGAAAAAAAACAUAGAAAAAUGAAUAGAAAUUGGAAAAUUGUUGCAUUCCAUGGAUUUUUUGUACUUAUAGACAGUUUGUAAAAAAAAUGAUUUAAAAAUUAAAAAGAAAAUAAGGAAAAGCUCCGUUGGGUUGGGGCCAGGUGAAGAUUUUCACGAGAAAUGCCUAAAAAUCCAUGGAUUUGAGUGUUGAAGUUUUUUUUUUGACUAAAUGUAAAAAUUUUUGUUCUUUUUCUAACUCGGACAUUUAGUUUCACUCUCUCUCCAUUCAAUUGCAUUAAUGAUUCAUUAUUAAUUUGUAGUAAAAAGUACUGAAAUGAUUUCUUGAUAAAAUUAAUUUUUCUCACUUUCUUUCUUUUGCUUUUUUAGAAGAGAUUUUCUUUGGGAUUCUGAAUGAAAAUUUAAAUUUAAAAAAAAAAAGCUUUUUUAUUCGAUUUUUUUAAAAGUAAAUCCCAGAGAAAAGCUUUCAAAGAUUUUAUUAAAUAUAUAUAAAUCUUUAGCUAUAGUCUUAUGUGAUUCCAUUUAAUUAAAAACAACAAAAAUAUAUUUCAUUAAUUUGAAAUAUAUUUUUAUCUCAUUUUUAAUACAGAUUUUUUCACAGCUAAAUUAAAAGAAAAAAAUGUGAACAAGUAUUUUAUAUUUUUUAGGGUGUAUUGUAGAUUAAAUUGAAAACGUUUUAACCUCUGUUGAAGAGACUUUAUGAAGAAUUAAAGAAUAGAAGCUUUUUUGGAGGGUAAGGGGAGCGUUUAAGUUUUUCUUCUCUUCAAAAUUCUAAAUCAGAUUUUUAACAAUUUUCUGGAAAAAAUUUAAUAAAUAAAAUAAAAAUUACCCAAGAAAAAAAAUGGGAGAUAAAUUAUUUUUAGGCUUUAGAAAAACAAACAAGAGAAAAUUAAACCAAAAAUUUAACAAAAUUCUUUUAACUAAAACAAAUCUUAAACGCAAAAAUACAGUCCAUAAGGUAGAAAAUUUCUUGAAUUAAGGGUUUAGUUUUUAGUGAAAAAAAAAAAGCAAAAUUGUGACAUUGUUGAUUUUAUUUCAUAAAAAAUAUUUUUGUGUCUUUUUUUUGAUGAUCUUUUGAGGCUUUUUUUGUGAAAUGCAAAUAUUUAUUCCUUUGUCCUGCAUAUAGUUUGUUUUUCUUUCCUGGUCAGUGGCCUUUCUGCAAAGUGGAUUUUGAGAUAAGAGGAAGAACAGAACAUUUUUUAAAACUUUCUGCUGAUAAACAAAGAAAAUUUCGGAUUAGAAAAGAAUUCGUUGUAGGUUUUUAAGAAGAAAAAAAUGUGAAGAGUAAUUGAAAAUUUUUAAAUAUAAAAUAAGCGCGCGCGUGAAGCCUUUGAAUUUUUGUAUCUCUAAAAGGACAAAGAGGAAAAGAAAUUAGAAAAAAGAAUUUAAA